GCUUCCUCCACCGAACGUCAUGGGAAUAAAGACGAAAAGGAACUCUUCCAAGUAACCGUGUGUCAUCUAGCAAAAGGCCAUGAGACUUUCCCUGUUAUUCACCACGGAAAUCUGAACAUCUUCAAUGACAUUCUCGCCAAGCAUAAUCAUUAUGGCGAAUAUGGAAACGCGCUUUGUACAUUGGGAGAUAUCUUGUGGCCACCUGAUCGCCCACUCCCAUAUCCAGCGUGGGGGGGCAAUCAAGAUGCGACUUCAUGUAGCAAGUCUAGAACGGUUCCAUGAAUUCAUUUUGGCAUUGACAACUUGCGUGGAAGAUCAACUGAAAAGCCAUUGCUACAAUACUGUUGGAAAUUUCUUGACUUUCUUUGAGAGCUAUAAGAAUCGGAAGGAUUUGACACAGUCUUUGGAAAGCUUCUAUGGUGAGUACAAUCCUCCAAUCACGGCCAAGCACCACACUUGCGUCGGUUUGGGCUUGGACUUAGCUGGAAGGAUAGUGGAAUUGAAGCAGACAUACCCUGGUAUCAGUUCUGCCCUCUUCUUGGCUUCAUGCGAAGAGGAUAUUGGAAACGUCAAUCGAUAUGUUUCGACUCCAACUCCAGAUACCCGCACGUCAGAAAAAGAGCACGUCGUCAUUGCUUUAAACAUUGAACUGGAAGGUCGAGUAGGCGUACUAAUACUAGAUACUGGCUACCAUGUUCCACGACCUGUGAUAGUUAUGGAGGAUCGCCUAUAUCCUCACACUGGAUGGUUCAAACCGGGUGGCACAAGUCGAUCACGACGCCUGUACAAUUACACCCUACAUCCCAGUGGCCGCUACGUACUUUGGGAUGUCAAGGAAACCCGGAAAGGAAUCGAAGAUUGUGAAUCUGCCCGGAUUUAUACACAUCAGGCGUUUUUGUCUCCAGUAGACUGCACAGAGCGACGGAACUUGGUGUAUAACUGCGACGUGGGUGGAGUGUAUUACCAAUGGAAGUUCUAUACGCGCUUUAAUGGAAAAUUCUAUUUUUGGGUUCACAAAUGGAUUCCAUAG